AUUCCGCUCAGGUACUUGUCGUGGAGUUCCAGGUCUCCAUACCUGGAACAGUCCGCCGGACCCUUGAAUAGUAUGGAAAACUCCGCAGCAAGUUUGGUGAGCUCUACUUGUGCAGACACCAUGUCAUCAAGGUUGCCGAAGCGGCCCUUGAAUGCCAUGAGGAAAGCCUUGACGUCGGUGAACAGUGUUACGGCCCCUUGUACUCCAACUGCAAUGGACGCAAGUUGGGCGAAAAUGGGGGUGGCCCAGAUGAGCAACUGCAAGAGGAACUGGUUGCACUUGACGAUGGUUUUCCCAUCAUAUCGUAAGGGAAGGAGGAGCUUCAGUGUUUUCUUGUCGGAAGGGGACACUGGGGAUGACAUUACUGGCGAUGAGGGGGACAGAGGACUGCCUGAGGGCAAAGGUGGUGAGUGUGACUGUCCACUAGGCAAACUUCAGGAGGAGCAAGUACACGAGUGGCCUCGCAGUGGCGAUGAUGGUGGAGGCACUGGAAAGAGCCUGGUGGGGGUGUGA